GGGUCUGCCUUAACCCUGACUCGCGGGCUGGUCCCUGGAGGAAGGAGCUGAGGUCGGUGUCCUGAGGCUGAGCUGAGAGCGCCGCGACCCGGAGAGGCAGACCCAGGAUGCAGUUUAUGCUGCUUUUCAGUCGUCAGGGCAAACUACGACUGCAGAAAUGGUAUGUUCCACUUUCAGAUAAAGAAAAGAAGAAAAUUACAAGGGAAUUGGUGCAGACAGUUCUGGCCCGCAAACCCAAGAUGUGCAGCUUUUUGGAAUGGAGAGACUUGAAGAUAGUGUACAAAAGAUAUGCGAGCCUUUAUUUCUGCUGUGCAAUUGAGGACCAGGACAACGAGCUCAUAACCCUUGAGAUUAUCCAUCGUUAUGUUGAACUCCUAGACAAGUAUUUUGGAAGCGUCUGUGAACUUGAUAUUAUCUUCAACUUUGAGAAGGCUUACUUUAUCUUGGAUGAGUUCCUGUUGGGAGGGGAAGUGCAGGAGACUUCAAAGAAGAACGUACUGAAAGCAAUUGAACAGGCUGACCUGUUGCAGGAGCCACGGCACGAAUAUUUUAAUGUGCCCGUAUACUAAUGGCUUGGCUCAUCUUGCGUGGUGACUUGCGAGGAGAUGACGAUGGCUGCUUUGCUGUUGGUGGAAUGCUGUCCUGGGCUCCUGGGCUGUAUGAAGCCAUUCAUUUGAGCAUUAUAUAAAUCUGGCUGAAUAACUAACCCUAAUAGCGAUAUCAAUGCUCUGUUUGUUCCUUACUAGCAGCCAGUUUAUCCAUGUAUAAGUAUUUGUUUAUGUUCUGUCAUUGUAUCUUGUUCUGUUAUAUUCCCUCAUUCUUAUCUUACAGCUGCAGUAUUCAUAUAAUAGUCUGAUUUUACUGCUACCAAAUUAUCCUACUGCUAAACUGGACUCUUAUGGAUAUUAGAUUGGAUUCAACUGCAAGUGUUUUACUUAGACUAUGAUGUCUAUUUUUACAAACAAUCUGGCUUUCUUUAGAGAUCUUUUAAACCUUAGAUCACAAUAAUUUAAGUUAGCUUUAAAACCUUAGAGCUGAGGAGUCCUGCAGCUUUAUGAUCAGAAAUGGUUGAAUGAGUCCUUGCAUAGCUUGCACAAUAUGAAGACCGAAGCUACAUCCUGUGUUUUCACGGAAAUCUGGUGAGAUGGUAAAUAGGUAAGAGUUAGAUCAGAACUGAUUAAUGAUUCAGAGUAAAACAAGGAAAUAAACAGUACUGGUUUGUUAUUAAUUUAGCCUUUUUGGUCAAUUGUUUCUAGAUUUAAAUUUGACCUGCUAGAUGAAAAAUGAAUGAGCUGGGCUAAUUCAAAUUUAGUAAUUGUCCAAUAACAGUAGGCUGAUAUCCAGUUGUUGAUUUCUGACUAAUCUUUCAUAGGCAUUAGCCUAUUGGCUUGUUUAGAUUUGUAAAACUAGAUCAAUAAAGAAAACUCCAGAGUCUUGGUACUUCUUGUAAAAUAUUUGUAUCCAGUAAUGCACUUGGUAGGGCUAUCCGUUAAUACAGCUUCUUGGUGUUUUGAUAAUUCUCUUCGAUAGAAUGGUAAGGCAGUGGUCUUACGCAUGCUGAGGGAGGGAAAAUGAAAGAAUACUGGUUAAUUAACGCAGCAUUUGCGUGCAACUGAGAGGGUGAGAUUUGAUUGUUUUUUUUAAUUGGGAUUUGGUAACUAGCUUCCCCAGCUAAUGCAUCUGAAUUUUCUUUUUGUCAAGUGUUCCACCUAUUCUGCUGAGAUUAAUUUUGAUCUUUAGUGGUAUCACAGCCCUGGUCUGGUAAUAUCUGGCAUGGGUGAAUGACUACUUGAAAUUGUAAUUAUUUGCACUUUGUCAAAGCGCUAUAGUUUCUUCCAGUGCCCUUCAGAGUGUAAGGUAGGUUCAGAUCUUUACUGCCAAUGAAGAGGGUUUAUUCUUAUUGUCUAAGACCCCUUAAAUUGGCCUUAUGAUCUUGCCUGCCCUUGUUAUGGUUAGAGUAAGGUGCAUUUAAUAAUGGUUUCCUAAACUCAGGCUGGUUAUGCUGUCUUCAGUCCAUGAUGUUCCCUCUGAAAUUACAACAGGGUUCUGCUGCACGCAUAAACAUUUUAACAUUGUGAUUGAUGUAUGCGGGUUUGCAAGGCACAUGGCCUUCAAUGGAAUAUGGAGUGUCCCAUAUGUGCCUGAGUUCACAUAGCUCCAUGCUUGUUUAGGCUGCUUAAUAGUAAAACAUUAACAUUUACUGAGG